AUGAUGAAAGGUUACACUUUCAAGCCUAUUCCACUCUUCUCUAAUAACAAAGCUUUAACUGAUACUAUUGCUAAGAACGAUAUUAAACAAAUCAUUUUCACGCCUCCAUCCGUUCUCAUUCGGCUCGACAACGACUGCAUUUUAACCUUCAAAAGUAACGGCGCGUUGCUCCGGUUGGACCAGCUGACGACCGCGACGAAAUUUGUUCUGUUUGACAAACAACAUGGAGUUGUCAUACGAAGUGGAGAGGACAAAAGACUUGUCUUCAAUAUUUUGGCAAAUGACCAAAUCUUUUCGGCGCAGUCGAAGAUCAUACUCAACAUCCCUUUCAAGAAGACUGACGAACUUUUUGUCUACCACCACCCGACGGACUUCGUUAUCUUCAUCUCGUUUAAGGAAUCCCAAGUGAUUUACAGGAUCAAUUACAACAUUGUUUAUCUCAACACAUUGGGGGAUGAAUGUGAUAGAACGCAGAUGUGUACAUUUAAAGUGAUCAGUGAACCCCCGGUCGAGAUCUUAGUUUCCGGGCCAAUACUUCAUUUAAAAAAAUUGGGGAGCUCGUUGGUAGCUUUAAAAAUAGUUUCGAAAGAUAAAAGUAACUAUUCUGUUUAUGAUAUGGCGCUCAAUGUAUUACAAGAUAUCCCUUUUAUUCAUAACUCACAUCAAAUUUAUUUACUGCAAAGAUAUAACGAUCUCGUCGCUAUUCAACCAAAUGGUGACGUGUACAUUUUAAACACCACAUUUGCUCUGCCUAUGCCUAUCAAAAUCGACUGCAAAUUCAAUCUCCCAAAUGAGAGGUUCUCACUUUUUGUAGAUAAUGACGUCAUCAUCACACUAACACAUGACCUCGUUUCGUACUUCUCACUCAAAACGAAAAGCGCAAUAGGACAAACGAAGAUUGAAGGGAAAUUCAAUCCCUCAACAAUCAUCCCGUGGCGGAACGAAACGAAUCUUGGCCUCUAUGACACCACGAAUCACUUUUUCUAUCAAAUCGUUCCGACAACGAAAGUCUUAGUCAUCUCAAGCAAAAAAAUCCCGAUGAUCGAAGCAAUCGACGCUUCGUUCGCAGAAACGCUGAAAAAGUUAUGGAAGGUGCCACGUCAUUUUGUUGACACGUUUUUGAGUGAAAUGCAGAGUGUGACGCUGUUCAUGUGUCUUCCCCGUGAAAAACAUUUUGUUGACUUAACGGUGGACCGCAUGAAAAAAGAAAAAAUGACUUAUACUUGUACUAUUCAAAUACUAACAACUAACUUAAAUAAUUUCCUUGAGAAAGUCGAGGCGCAUGGGGACGAAACUAAACUUAUAGAAAAAGAACUAUAUAUUACUUUUGGCGAAACGGUUGUUGUCUCACAAAAGGCACAACGAGAACUCGGAUUAAUGAGAUUUGAGAAACUGGGCGCAAUCUGCCGAAAAACAUUUUUGAAAGAUCCCAGCCAGAUUUUGUUAUUUGUCUCUCAACUCAAAAAAGUCGGAUUCGACAGGCAACAGGCAACACACAUCGUUUCGCACAUUUACACGACUUUUCUUUCUUCGUUUUCGCAAAGUGAAUUAUCAGAUGAUCAAAAACACGUGAUCUCCGUGUUAUAUUUAGUUCUCUAUGGCGUCGAUAACAUUUUGAACAAAACUAAAACAUUUUCUAAAACAAAUUUCUUCCCACAAUCACAAGAACGAAGUGUCGUCCACUUUGAAAAGAUGAUGAACGUGAUUGACGUCAUUCGGGAUAAUUCGGUUUUCGGCUACGACCAAAAUUGGUGGUUUGAGGCUUAUCUCAAAACGUUGACGUUUUUACUUUUGCAAAACGAUACUGAUACUUUUAUGAAAAUCUUGAAGAGAAAUAACAAAGAAGUCCAACAAAAUAUUGUUGAGGAAAUUUUGAGCAAUUUGAUCCUCGAUAAUUCGGGAAAUGGGGAAAACAGAAAUUUCUUGAUGAAAUUGUUGGCAGAGGAGGAGUAA